GACGUGCGAAAGGCCGCCGGUUGUUGUCACCUUCGCCCCGCGAUCUCGUGCCUUCGGCGGGAAGACGUCCGACAGGAUCGAUGGCUCAUCAGCUUUCCCUCCGAAAUUUCAUCCCCCGACGAUGGCGAACAGGAGCCGGACACGUGUCGGAUGUGCGAGCCGACUGUCCCGCGAAGGUGGCCCAUUGGGUGUGAGGUCUCAACUUGUUCUCCCCGCUUCUCGCUGUUGGCGGCCAUCAACGCCACGUUGCCAAACAGACGGGAAAGGCGUUGGAAUUGGGGGUAUCUCACGCCACGUGCGCUUGCCAUGUGUUCGAACAGAAGAGCGCAGAUGCGUUCCUUCAACGACUAUCUGGCAAACAAUCGAGAUAGUCAAUGGACUCGUCGCUAUCUCCCGGCAGGUGCGCCUGCGACGCGGACGAACGAGCGAGCGCAGACGCCUCAGCGCGCGAGCUCUCGAGAAAGAGAACGGAGAUGAUGACAACGACUACUCGGCGCGCACCGCUGCCACCGUCGUUGUGGAUGAUGUGGACCUCGCCGUCGAGGGGAUCGAUAACGGCGGCGAUGGCGACGCUUCGGAUAGGACGGGUGCUAAACGGGUGUCGAUCCAAUUAGCUGACGUGGUCAACCAACUGGAUGAUCUGCUGAGCAGAGGCAACGAAAAGGAGGCGCUGCAGCUCCUAAGGGACGCGCAAGGAGCUGAAGGAGGAUGUCUUGGCUUCGGCGCAGCCACGCAGGUUGCGAAUGGAGGCGGAGGAAAAUCGCUGCUGAUUGAUACUCUGGGAAGAUUGGUCAGCGAAAAGUACAGGAAAAGGGUAGCAGAGCAUGAAGCAAGACAUUUCCUCGUCUCCUACUUGCUGGGAGUGCUACCCAAAGAUUACACCCUGUCCGAUUGGGAUGCGUACCGCAGGUACCAGGCACUAAAUGUGCAGGCGGGAACCACAUUUGUCGAUUUCGAAUUCCAAGAGGAGGUCGCGUCUGGACGCGUCUCGAGCCCGAUGCUUGACCGCUAUACUUGUAUUGCGCUUGCUGGGGUUGCAGCUGAGUAUCUGAAAUUCAGCAUUGCUGAAGGUGGAGUAGAAGGGAAUGGGGAGAUGAUCUCUCUCGUUGGGGCUGAUAGGAACUUCAUACUGACGGGGUUUCAGAUCAGCGGAGGCAGCGAGAGGAGAACAGGAGAUGAAGAAACGAGGGGAGAGGAGAGUACAUGGAGGAAGAGGAGGAGUGGAGAGGAAUAACCAUCAGCAUCCUCAUCAUUAACCAUCUCUUUUGUGAUCAUCUCAAGGUACUCAUCCAAUUUCAUC